CGUUUUUCUUCACGCUAGCCUGCUCACUGCAUCUUCACAUCAUCACACCAUCACACGCUACACUCACAGGUUUAUAUUAACACGCUCGCUCUGAUUCAUUAUUGUUUCCAUAGCAACAGUUGGUUCAACAUCGUUUAAUGUAAGGAGAUUUUUUAUUUUUUGUUUAUGAAAGGAGUCUCCAGUGUCAGUCAGGUCUAACGCUGGUGUGAUUCUCUCUUUUUUUGUCUCAUUAACUCUGAGUGAGUGUGUUGAAGGAGCGAGUGUUUAUAGCUGCUAUAACAUGAGCAGAUCUAACUGGUUUCAAACUUUAAAAAUAACGUUCAGAGCUCAGGAUAAUUGACAUCGCAAGUGACUACAAAUAACGAACAGGAUGUGGCGUUAAAUCUAUAAGAAGGUGCUACAUGGUCAUGUGACCUCAAGCCUCAGAUGAUGGGUCAGAGAGAGCGAGAGAGACUGGGUGGUUCCUGGUGAUCUAAAAUAAAUCCCAUCCCUCGAGGCCUCCUCAGUGUGUGUUUGUAUAACGGAGUGAUUUUCCUUCCUCUGGUGACGCUGGUGUUUACAGGCGCCGCUGUCAUCAAGCGAGGCGGACAGAUAGAGACUCAAUCAUCUCUCUCUAUCUCUUUCUCCUUUUAUCUCUCGCUCUUUUCUCAUCAAAACUUUUCUUUCUGUGUUUGAGAGCUUCUCAUUACAGAUAACUGCAGAAACUCGACUGGAUAAUAAAGUCCACUUACUUACCUGCGUAUUAGUGACUGGCUAACUCUUCAGUUUUACAAUUUGCCUUGCUUCUAGCAUCUCGUCCUUCUUUUCUCUUCGUUUUUUAAGAUUCAGUGUGUAUAAAACCCUUUGAAGAACUUCCAUAAGAAUAAUCAUGUUAAACCUAACGAACCGCUGUGCAGUGAAACCUUCUUGUGGUGGAGGGGAAUAUGCCACCGCCUUGCACUUUGCACUCAAACUAAGGAAGACUGAAUGAGAAACAGGAUCCUAGUCCCCCCACCCAGUGCUUUUAGCCUUUAUACAACUGGUGCUUGUAUGUUGUGCCUGUCUUGUUGCAAUAUGUAAAUGCUUAAAAUAUGGUGAGGUGGGCUUCAGGAUGUAUUCUGUACACGGUGACUACCUGAAGUGUGUGUAGGUGCAGAAAUCUCAGGGAAUAAAAGUAACUGUCUGCACAAACCCACCCUCCCCAGAUCUAACAGGAGAGGUAAGAUGCCCCCACUCUUUAGAAUAAGUGACUCAAAGCUACAAACACUUUCAACUUAACUAAGAAAAUGUUUAUGUAAACAAAAUAUAAAUAAGUUUUGUGGUUCUCUUUUGCAAAAAGAGGGAAUCAGUUACAAACUCAGUCAAUUCUGAAUGAAAUAAAUGUAAAAAAAAAAAAAAAUUAAAAAGUACAAAAUCAACAAAUUUGUAUCAGUUCAAUUUGGUCUUAAACAACAAAAUGACAAUGAGUGUCUGUUUCGUUUCUCACAGAGCCACAAUGUAAAUAUGUGUCAAAAUUUCAAAUUAGGUUCACUUCUAAGUUCACUUCAGUUUGGUUCAAAAAAGUUCAACGUCCAAUCACAAAAAAAGAGAAAUCCAGGGAAAGGAAGGAAGAAGUUACACUCUGUUCAUUCCUGUGCUCUGGUAUCAAAAAGGUUCACAAAUGCGCACAGAAGAAAGUCUAUGAACCCCGUUCACAGGGAAGUUCAGUACUCACAGUUCCAGAAAUGAUAGUGGGAUGAUUCAACGGCUCAGUUCUGAUCAUUCACAGAAAGAAAACAAUAGUUUGCUUACCAGUGAUCGCUAGUACGAUCGGACACCAUUUAAAGCAGCAUCACAUGGUUCUGAUAUCUAUCAUGUACAUCUAUAUCAUAAACAUAACUUUUCCGGCCUUAACUACCCGAAGACGAACACUCUUCGGCAGGGGCGUAGCCCCAAUUCUUGGGCCCUAUGCAAAGACAGUGUAUGGAGGGCCCCUUUCCCAUCAUCUCAUGAUCCAUGCUAUUUAUCACUUUUUUUUAAAUAAUAAUAUAAAAGUGUACACACUUUACUCACUGAUACAGUUAUUGUUGUCAAAUCAGUGAUGUAAAACUGAAAAGAACAUUAUUAAAAAUUCUAAUACCAUGUAUAGUUUAAAAAAAUUCUUUGCAUUGCAUGCAUGUUAUUGCAGCACAGAAAUAAUUUGUGUAUAAAUUGAGCUAUACCAAGACAGGUAAUGUCGUCCUGGAAGGCCACUGUCCUACAGAGUUUAGCUGCAACCUUAAUCCAGCACACAUGAACAAGCUAAUCAAGGUCUUCAGGAACACUAAGGCUAUAGACAGGAUUCAUUCUAAAAAGCGUGGAACUUCAUGUCAUGCCUGCAAGAGACGUGGAUCGAGGAACCAGGCUGACGCUGACUUGCAUCGCUAACAUCGGCCACUCCGGCACUUUACCCCCGCUCCAGUUCAGCGUGUAUAAAGACUACAACAAGCACAACAGCGUACACAUUUCCCAGACCAACACCAGUAACGAAGUGACCUUCUCCAUCCCCAAUGCCCGGGCCUCGGACUCGGGAAGCUACCAGUGUGAGGUGAAGGUCAACAGCCAAUACAGGGACAGUUUGAUUGUGCAGAUUAGCGUUAAAGGGCUGCAGACUCCGGUGCUGAGUGUAGAUAAGCAGGACGUGACUGAAGGUGACACUGUGAGCAUCACCUGCAGGGCAGAAGGAGAAAGGGGUGACCUGUUUGUAGUCAUUCACAACGGCUCGAGUAAACUCUACCAGGAACAAAGCAGCACCAGUAAGGUGCAGAAGAACCUCCGCUUCGAUCACAUGGGGAAGGCCGAGCUUUCCUGCUCAUACAGCAUUCAACUGGGAAGCACAGUACUUUCAUCAAACUCCAGUAACGUGGUCAGUGUGGUUGUAAGAGAGCUGGACUUCAAGCCGACUAUCCGUGUCUUCCCGUCAGAGCAGGUCAUCGAGGGAGAGACCGUGCACAUCUUGUGUGGUCUUGAAGGAAGUGACCAUGGACAUGUCUCACCUUCGCUCUCACUAUCUAAAGGACUGCAUCUGUUCAAGAUCCCUGAAUACCAAACUGUCGUCCAGGCAAAUGAUUCGGGGAGGUAUGAGUGCAUCGCCGAAUUGAGAAACGUGUUUAAAAGCGUUUACGCAAAUCUUACUGUCAAAGAGCUGUUUUCCACACCGAUUCUGACCAUCACACCCGCCGAGGUUUUCGAGGGGCAGCAGUUCACCAUCACCUGCAGGAGCCAGGAAGUUGCAUUGGAGAGAAUCGGACAUCAUGAUAUGAAGUACUCUAUCUACAGGAACGACCAGGAGCUCGGCUCCAGAAACAGCAGGCACAUAGACACUGCAAGUUCCAGGACCAACGGGAAUUACACCUGUGCAGCUCGAGUGAACGACACCAUCAAGUGGAGCUACAGAACGCCGUUCAUGGCCAAAGUUCUCGUCUCCAAACCCAACAUCAGUACGUUCGGCGAGGUGAUCCUGGGCAGACCUUUUUCGAUCGAGUGCCGCUCGGACCGCGGAAGUCUCCCCAUCACUUACACGCUGAAGCAGAACAACAUGCCGCUGGAGCCCAUCAGGGUAUUCAAACCUCUCCAGAAAGCCAUCUUCAACACCAGCAUACAUGAUGAAAAACAAAUCCGGGAGUUCAGAUGCGAGGCGCAGAACAACGGGGUCAGUUCUGCUGUGAUGAGUGACGCUCUUCACGCUCGUGUUAGAGUUCCUGUACAGAAGCCGAACCUGACGACCAUCCCGGAGAACAUCAGAGAAAACGAUGAGGUCAACUUCAUGUGCUUUGUCAAGAACGUAACUCCGCCCAUCAUCUUUACGUUGUAUCGUGAUAAUCGUCCAGUUUCCAACAAGACAGAGACCAAACACUACUUCUCAGACCUUCGCUUGGUGCAGAGCGGCUCGUAUCACUGCGGAGCCUGGAACGGAGCCGGAGACGAGGAGAUGAGCAACAAAAUCCUAAUCAAAGUAAAGAUGGCCAGGUGGAAGGAAGGUCUGAUCGUCUGUGUGUGUCUGCUGUGCGUGUUCGGACUCGCCUUCCUCUUCCUGAGGUGCUACCGGGCUAAGCGAGUUAAAGUAACCGGCAGCAACGGAACAGGAAUCUGGAGCGAGAGACCGUCGGUUUUAGACAGCACUGAGGUGGAAGCUAACGUGGAGUAUACGGAAGUGCUGCACCUGCAGGCGGCUGACCCCGCGCGAGUUCCAUUAAGGAAAGGCACAGAUACGGUAUACAGUGAGAUUCAGAGGUCUUCACAAGAGUUCUGUGAAGAAUGCUGAAGUGGGUCAGAGAGAGAGAGAGAGAGAGAGAGAGAGAGAGAGAGAGAGGUGUGGAUCUCUUCUCGGUUCUCUCUGCUCUACAGAACCUCAUGCUGUGGAGAUACCUGGAUAUGUCACUGUUGUUAGUUUUUGCUUUAAUGUGCAGGUACUAAAACUGUGUUCACAUUGAGCUGUUGUGGUUGUUCUUGUUGUUGUUGUUGUUGUUGU